AUGUCUGGGCUGUCAUCCUUCUUGCCCUUCAAGUCGUUGAGCUCCUUGAAUCCUCGCGACCGGCCACCCGAUCCAGUUGGCCGCCUUCGGUUGGCUCUAGAGACUAUGCCAGGGUCCAGGAAAUAUGUAUUUACAGCAGCAACGAGGGCAGAGAUCAUAUCUGAGCUUUAUGAUGCAUUCUGGGGACCUUAUGCGUACCUCUUCCUUCCAAACUCCAACUCAAGUCUUCCCCUUCACUCAACUCUCAGCGAGGUACAGACGCAUCUAAACUUUGCAGGUGCUGCAGCAGAGGAGGCACCGGUGCCAGGAAAGCCAUGCGGGCAUAUUUUUAAGAAGGGGGAAAGCUGUUUUCGUUGCAAGGACUGCGCCCUCGACGACAGCUGCGUUCUCUGUGCGCGGUGUUUUCAUGCGACGGACCACUCUGGCCAUAACGUUAGCUUCUUUAUUGCCCAACAGUCAGGCGGUUGUUGCGACUGUGGAGAUGCAGAAGCCUGGAGACAAGCUUUCAAUUGCCCCUUCCAUCCGUUCGCCGAAGACACCCCAGACGAAAUCUCCCUAGAUAGCCCUUCACAACCUACAUCACCCCACAUAUGGAGCCAAAGCCUGCCUCCAAUGAAGAAUUAUCCCUAUCGGGUGUCAGUACCUCAUGAACUUCGGGAAAGCAUGAACAAGACGGUAGCAUACGCUUUAGACUUCAUUCUCGACACAUUGGAUUAUUCACCCGACGAGACUUGCGUCCCCUCUAACGAAGCUGAUUUACGGCUGCAGCCCUCCGCAGAUCCCAUGAUGAAAGAUCAGUUCUGCAUCGUUCUAUGGAACGACGACAAGCACUCUUUCACUGAGGUAAUUCAAUUGCUGUGCGAAACCACCCUUCGGACUCCGGAGGAUGCUUCGACCAUCGCAGUCAAAAUAGAUGAUCAGGGUCGCGAAGUCGUUGAAAUGGAUGCUGAUCUACCUCGUCUUCUUGGGAUCGCACAGACGAUAGCCCAGAUUGAAAUAGGUGUCACGGUCCGGCGCGCGUACGACACUUUCCGUGAACAAGUUGUCGGUGUCAUCAUCGAGUGGCUGCUAGAUCUUACUCGCAGUCGCCUAGGAACCGACACACUGAUCUUGAAGGAAGUUAUUGCAGAAGAGUUGCUGACCAUGCGUCGACGGAGUAACGGGUUGUCAAACGUACCUCCUGACGUGGCUAGUAUCUCACAAGACCAUACUGAUCUCGCCCGUCUUGACUGGCUGUUUCUGUAUCACGCAAAACUCUGGAAGCGGACUCGGUUGAGCUUGAAGGAGAUUUAUGCUUGCAUCUUGAAUCUUAGCCAUCAACAUCGUUUGACCAUUGCCUCCCAUUUCGCCAAUGUCUACCCUCGCAUCAUCGAUACAUAUCUACUGGUCGAUCGAGAGGCGGAAACGUCUAUCAAAUAUUUCGCUUUACAGUUGUUCACCGUUCCAUCCGCUGCUCUGCACAUCAACCGUCAGUACGACAUCGUAUCUCGUCUUCUGGAUAUCAUCGCAGCCUUCUUCACGAACCAAAUUCGACACAAGCGAAUUCUUUGCCCCCCAAAUCCAAAUAUCCCUGUGGACGUUGAUAGCGAUCCUUUCAAAUCGAAACGUUUCAUGCCUGUCUUCAGUGACCUACGGUACCUCUGUCACAACGCGCCCGUUCAGCGGCUAAUUGCUCACAAGCAUGAGUACAUCGCUCGGUUUGCAGAAAUAUGCCAGCUCUUCAUGUGCGUUAACCCGAACAAGCGCGCGGUAGACAGCCAUGUCGAGUUUGAGACAGAAGGCUGGAUCAGCGUAUUCAAUGUCACACUGUCGCUCUCUCGAGUUAUCAAAGUUUACGGCGAGGCCUUCACCCAUGCAAGCCCAGCAGAGCUCGUCUCAGCAAUCUCGACUGUCGUUCAUGGUAUCAUGAUGGUCUGCAGCCUCGCGGACGAACGAAUCGAUCGAACCAAGUUCGAGCUCGUGAAGUUUCAAACUGUGGUAUUCGGAGGUUCCUCAUACACUGUUGUUCAGUUCGAUAUCUUGGAGGGCUGGGUCAGCUUCCAUCACUCACUUCAAUGGCUUCUAGCCGAACUUUUCAAACAUGUCGAUAUCUUGAGCGAGCCUUCUCUUCGCCAAGUCGGACUCCGGACUAUCAGGGAUAUACUCUUACAGAACGUCAGCGAACAGGGCAUAUUGAACAUCAUUGAUUACCCUCUUCGGACACUUGCAAUGAUCGCACAAAUUCGCACAGGGCUGUGGGUCCGGAACGGAUUCGCUAUUCGUGCUCAGCUAAUGCACUACCGCGAUUUCAUGCUACGAGAGUUGUGCUACGACCAAGAUUUCUUCAUCCUCCAAUCGGCACUCAUCAUUCUAGAUCCCAAUCUCGUGCUCGUGAGCAUAUUGGACCGCUUUGCGUUGCUCGGAUUCUUCUCUGGCGUCUUGAUGGAUGGUGCGUACGAAGGUUCGCGAUUGACCAGUAUGGUCGAGGAGGUCCUCUACGUCUUGAUAACGAUCAUCAGCGAGACGGGGAACGCGCGCAAGAUAUCCAUAUCACUAGCAGUCCGGCGGGAGAUCAUACACGCCCUGGCUGUGGGCCCUUGUACAUUCACGGACCUUACUAAGCGCGUCGCGGAACGUCUCGUGGACGAUGCAUGUUUUGAACGGGUCUUGCAGGAAGUGGCCAACUUCCGUCCUCCUGAGUCGACUGCGGAUUCUGGAGUAUACGAACUCAAAGUCGAGGCAUAUGACGAGGUAAAUCCGUUCUUCUACCAUUACACGCGGAACAAGCGUGAAGAGGUGGAAGCUAUCUUGCGGAACCAUUACAAGAAGCUCGGGAUUGCCGACCCCGUCAUCGUGCCGAAACCCCUGGGCAUUAUUGAUGGGGCGUUUGUUGCGUUACCUGAUGUAUAUGAAUCCGAAGUUCUUCUACAGAUUAUCUUCUACUCCAUAUACAACCUCCUCGUCAUGACCGAGGCCGCUGGAUCAUCGCCUCCGUCAGGAGAAGCAAUACUGGACCAGGCGAUACACUUAACAAUGCUAGCUCUUGUCGACCGUGGCUCCGCUUUCAGUCACUUGACCACUGUGAAGUCAUACGAAGGGGGCAAAAAUCUCAUCGAUGUGCUAUGCACGUUGGAGCAUCACGACAUCUAUCGAACGUACAAAGCUCGCUGUGCAUGGAUACUCACCGAACUCGAGAAGCAUGUUCCCGAGGACGUGCGCAGCCGACGGACUCCUGACUCUGACAAGUCUUCGGACGUAGAUGAGGCGAAGAAACGUGCGGCUAAAGCCAGACAGGAUGCAAUCAUGCGGCAGAUGAAGGCCCAGCAAGCGAGCUUCGCGAUCAACUUUGAAGAUGAAGAGGAGGACGAAGGCGAGACAGUUGACGGUGUUGAGUUUCCCGCAUCGUUCGGGACCUGCAUAGUCUGUCAAGAAGAGUUGAACGCCUCAAAUCCGUUCGGUGCGCUGGGGCUGCUCCAGCCAAGCAGGCUCGUGCGGCGGCAUUCCGACACGAACACCGGCUUCAUGAACGAAGUGGUGACUACCUCUUACUCGUUAGACCGGAGCCAACCAUCGGCCCCAACCUGGUCAUUUCCUCCACGGCAGGAAGAGUUGACAGAUUGUCAAACACUUCCCUCCAGCUUCGAAGUCUUGCCCCCUCAGAACACUCGUUUUGGGCUGCAUGCUUCUAUCUGCAGUCAUCUAAUGCAUCUAGACUGCUUCAACGUCUACACAAGCUCCAUACGGCAACGACACCGCUCACAGGCCACAAGGAACCACCCGGAGAGCGUGCAACGGAAAGAGUACAUAUGCCCACUUUGCAAAAGCUUAGGCAAUGUCAUCUUACCUAUGUCUCAUCCGGGUUCCGUGGAACUCAACCCGCUUCCGUUCGCCGACUGGACUCGGGCCGCAGGAAUCAGCAUCCUCAAGUCCAAAGCCGAUACGUUAUUGGAUUCGUUACUCGUCAGGAACGGUACUGGGGAGCUCGCGUUUUGGGGGGCUCAAGAUUCCAGCUACGUGUCUUUCUUCCGGUCGACCGAAAAGUGGGCGGACAGGGACAUGCACAAAAUGGUGGAUAGCGUCAUGAACAUUGCGAGGGCGAUCUCGCAGCAGUCUCGUCAUCUUCGUGACCGGCCUGAACCCGAACCGGGCGAGCGAGGUGCAGGGCUCUACCUCCCUGAAGACCUUGUUGGGUACACUAUUGCCACCUUGGAAAUCAGCCAACGUGGGCUGGGGCCUCCUGGCACCACCAUCGCUGACAACCUGACAGAUUCGCACACCCGGGUCGUCAGAGGUCUCCUGACUUGCCUAGGCAAAUUGGCGGCGGUGCCAUUCAAGGCAAGGCCGGAUGAAGGACGCGAGGCGCUGCGGCAAGCGAUCAUCAAGCGUGUCCUUCCAGAGUGGAGCAUGUCAACGUUGAACCCGGUAUCAUACCCUCUCCUUCUUCGCGACCCAUUCACGGUUUUGGUGGAAACUGCCGCCAUAGCGCCCGAAAUGCUGCGACACGUUCUGACACUCACGUACUUCGCAUGCCUCGCUCGGACAGCCAUCGGUCUCAUCUAUGUCUUGAACAAGACAAGAAGCUGGCCAUUGCAGAAUGCCAAGCAGCCCACGUACUCGAAUAUCUUCGGCGACGUCCGGAUGUUCUUCACGUCCGUGGUCCGACACUCUCCUGUCGUGGAACACGCCUCUGAAAUUGUGUUCUCGACCUUUGGCGAAGCCCGUAUCGAGAAGCUGCUUUACACAUUCACCCUGCCCUUCCUUCGAAGGGCUGCCAUACUCUGUCGUACCGUAUUGCCUUUGGCGUUCCCGACCCCUGCAUUCAGUGCCAACGAACCAUGCGAGUACUCUAGGCUGUUGACCAUGCUGGGCAUACCCCCGCUCGCGGACCUUCCCAACCAGGACACGCUGCAGACUUCCCUAGCGGGCUGGUGUUCUCAUUACGGACACUCCCACGCUGCUUCUCAGCUCAACUGCGGGAUCGUCUUGGAAUGCCCCACCAUCUACCGCAUCGCCAGCCUUCCCAUCGUGCUGGACACAUUUUUCGGCGAACACGAGACGGCCCUCGUGUGCCAGCGCUGCAAGACCAUCCCACUGGACGCCGCGGUCUGCCUCAUUUGCGGCACGACGGUGUGCUUCCAGAGCCACUGUUGCCAGGACGUCGAUCACGGGGAGAGAGGGGAGUGCAACUGGCAUACUCGGGAGUGCGGCGGUGUCGUCGGAAUGUACUUCCUGGUCAAGCGCUGCUCGCUGCUGUAUCUGCACGCCGGCAACGGCACGUUCGCGCCGCCGCCGUAUCUGGACGUGCACGGGGAGGUGGACAUGUCGAUGCGCCGCGGCCGCCGACAGUUUUUGCACCCCGCCCGGUGGGAGGAAGUGCGGAAAACGUGGCUCAACCACGGGAUUCCGACGCUCGUCGCCAGGAAGCUGGAGGGCACGGUCGACAGCGGCGGGUGGGAGACGCUCUAG